AGAUGUGUUUAGGGUUGCAACAUUCUAGUAGUCGUCAUUUUCUCUCGGAAACUUCUUCUCUUGUGUCUCUUCUGGAUCAAGUCUUUUCCGGUUUGUCGAAAACACGUUCACUAACCUAGCUGAAAAUGAAGGCCAGCGGUUUGUUGAAGGAAUACAAAGUCGUCGGGCGCAAGCUCGCGUCGGAGAAGGAACCCAAUCCUCCUCUGUACAGAAUGAGGAUCUUUGCACCAGAUCAUAUUGUUGCCAAGUCACGUUUCUGGUAUUUCUUGCGCCAAUUGCGUAAAUUCAAGAAAGCUACUGGUGAAAUUGUCAGCUGCCAGAUGGUUCAUGACAAGAGCCCACUGAAGGUUAAGAACUUUGGCAUCUGGCUUCGUUAUGACUCUCGCUCUGGUACUCACAACAUGUACCGUGAGUACAGAGACUUGACUGUCUCUGCUGCUGUUACACAGUGCUAUCGUGAUAUGGGAGCCCGUCAUCGCGCUCGCGCUCAUGCCAUUCAGAUCAUUCGAGUGGAGGAGGUGGCUAACGACAAGUGCCGUCGCCCACAUGUCAAGCAGUUCCAUGAUUCUACUAUUAGAUUCCCACUUCCCCAUAGGGCCAACACCAUCGAUAUGCCCGAACUGUCUUACCGCAAGCCCAAAACUUACUUCGGUUAAAAAACGGCAAUUUUGUACGGGAUUGUACGUGGAACAUCCACUUGGCUAUAAAUACAAGAAAGAAUUUCAUAGCCUCAAAA